ACAAACACCACCGAAACGUCACUCCUCGCGCUGUCACUUGUCCAACACGAGCGGUGCUAAGCGCCCCAGCGACCACCAAACCAUCCCACGGUUUUAAACCACCCACCGAACCAAACCAGAUUCAAGCGAAACCAGUUUCGCGACCACUGUCGCAAAUUUCAACUCGAACAACAAAAAUCAAACUGGAAAAACAAGCCGAAAAACCAUCGCAUUUUUGAAAAAAAUCAGUAACUUCACUGCGUCAGGUUGGCACCGGAUGUAAACAUAACCUAAAGUUAAAAUACCAUGGAGGUUGAUUUGUUGCGUCCAGGGACAGUCCCGAUAGCCCCCGACACUGUCCUCUGGUUCGAGUUUUUGCUCCACCAUGACCUCCUACUGAGCCACCUCCAAAAACCAGUCCCAGACCCGGGACCCACGGAAUUAAUUGCCAAAUUCUCCGAUGCCAUCGCUGAUACGCUACGAAAUCGACUGGAGACCGAAAACGGCGACGUUAUGCUCAUAGAAUCAAUGCACGAAAAUGUGAAACAACCGGCGAAAAAUAUCGCCCUGAAAAUACUAUCGUUGAAAGUUGCAGCGUUUAUUAAAUGGGACCUGGCACAAAUCAGGUCGUUGCCCUUCAAGACCCAAAUCCAUUUAUUGCAAGUCUUACUAUAUUUUACUAAUGAUAAAACAACGGCCGAAAUACCAAAUAUUGACCUCAAACCGGACGAGUCUGUCCCAUCGCCCUAUCUCUUCGCCCUUGUGGUGUACCAUAGGUGGUUACUUAAUGUCACCAUGCACAGGAUUACCUCAAACUGGCAAAUGCGGCUAGGCAACACGGAGAUAUCACCAGCGGAAGAGAACAUAAUUUGCUCGCACGAGAAUGUGCGGAAAACGGUUGAAUUCCUCAAAAGUGCGCUCAGCUGGGACGAAGUCCCCAGUAUGCUAACUUUCGAUUGCUUCAAACUGCCAACUGAGACCAACGAUCUUGAAUUCGAUUGGUCCUCAGCUCAGAGUAUCACAAAAGAGGAGUUUAGCGCCCAAUUAAACUACGACUUGGGGACGUUUUUCUUCUACAAGGAGGACUACAACAUGGCUCGUGACCAUUUUGCUAAAUGCUUGAGUAGUUACAAAGCCAUGAAAGAUAAUAACGGUUUUGUUAAAUUUAAUGUAAGUGUGCUGGAGGUGUAUGUGAGGGCAUGUAGCGGCGAUGGUUCAAAAGGCAGUCUUUUGGAACAGUUGAAUACGUCCGUGGUCAACCAGUUCAUGGGGAUUACUUCAAUUUUACAACAGGAUAAUAUUUUGCGUGAAAUCCCCCUCUCACAUCGAAUUACGCUCGAGUUGGACAUUCAGGGGGCUUUAUCGAGUGGCACGUUCACAGUUGCUCGCGAUUUAUUAAAUAAAAUCAGGGCCUUGAACGUGGUCAGGUGUGUUUUGGACCAAAAACCCACCUAUCAUUGCUCACUUAAAAGUGGCGAUAUUUUAAUUUGGGCUGUCGAAGCAACGUGGAAGUCACUCAACGACACUGAUAAACAUUUGGUUAAGAAAUUCAUCCUAGACUUGGUCCUAAAAAACGAAAUCCCUGAUCUUUUGUCGUGUGUUCAAGCCAAUGAAACACUUGCAAAAUUAUUUGAUAAGAGCGACCUCAGUUUUAUUAAAACCACCGAAAGUCACGACGAAAUACCCGAAUCUUUGUACAAGACAAGUUGGACGCUGUACGAUUGUUUUAAGAAACGUAAACCCAAAUUGGAAAUUAAACAACUGGAGCAAGACUUAAUUGCAACUUACGACCAUAAGGAAAUUCGCGAGUUGUUGAAAAAAAUCAGCAUGAACCAACUUGCAACUAACGUCUGGAAUAUCAACGCACAGUGGGAUUUACCGAUUCCCAUCCAGUCAGUGAUUAAGUCAUUGCCGAAAGGUUUCUUGCAUGAUUUCAGUUUCGUUAUGAUGGCCAAAGCCAGGGAACAAAUGUUGAAUAAAGUGUGGAACUCAUCGCUUGAGUUGUUACUAAUUUUGGACAAAGAGCUCGGUUCUGGUAACGGUAACAUUGGCAAAUUAUCACGUCUGAUAAGCUGGGAGAUACUACUAGUGCAAAUAACCCAACUGUUGGAGGAGUGGCCAAAAAGCACCAUUGACAAGGUGGCCCUUGCCGAUGCGUGUGAGGCUUGCCUCCAAACCAACAACGAAUCAGUCUUGCCACGCACCGAAAUAACAGAACAGUGCGUCCUUUGUUUGCUAAAUCUCGGCCGUUGGGAGUUUUUAAUUAAUUGCGAUAAAAGGUGGCCCUCGUUUGAAAUCACCUCAGCGAUUGCGUUAGCCUGCCAGGAAUUGAUCAAGCAGAAAGGGAACAAAAAAUUAUCCAAGAAUUUGUGGGAGAUUGUCUUGCCAAUUUUUGGCCAUGCCCCGCAACAAUCAAAACGGGGGAAUUCCGGAAAUUCGGUGUUUCACGACGCUCAAGCACAGAUAACUAAUUUGCGAAAUAACGUAAUGGCGAUUUUUGGUAAACUGAGAGACUCGACUGUUUUGGCUGUGGUUAUUUCGAUGUUGGCACGACUGCAUAAUAUUCUGAAGGAUGAGACCAGCUUGGAGGUGCAGGUGGAUUAUGUGAUGCUUUGGCCGGCCGUGAUCAGCAACGCCAAUUCAUACAACAUGAAAAUAGCCCACGACGUUCUUUCCCAAAUGGUAACUCAAGCCCUCCAGUACUAUCCAACAAGCAUUCCUUGGUUGAGGCUAUUGGGGGACAUAAAUUUCGCAAACGGUCAUUACAACGUAUCUUUGAAAUAUUAUCUCAAAUCCCUGCUAAUUUACAACGACUAUUUCAACAUUCCGGUGCGUCACGACGACCACGUCUUCCGCCGCAUGAUUAAGUGUUGCAUAGCCUUGGGGUGCAACACCCAGGCGGCCGUUCUGUGCCAAUUCCUGGAAGAGCCCGACUAUGUUUUAGCGUUCCGUAUAUUGGGGGACCAGAAAUAUUGCAAUGACGCCGUCGAUGCGUAUUACCAUUGCAUUUGGGACACCAAUAUUCUGGAAUAUCUGAUACACACCCACAACAAACGGGGGGAGUACCAGAGACGCAAAUGCGCAACGCAGGUGAUUGGCUCGUUGGAGGUGAAUUCGAACAACAACGAGGAGAUUCAAAGGGAAGCGAGUAAUUUACGGAAAAGCACGUUUCUGAGGGCGCUAUGCAAACAAUACGUGUUUUAACAGUUCUAUUAUGUAAUAAUAGCUACAAUUGUAAAAAUAAUCACUGUGUGGCUUAAACGGUAGAAAUAAAAUUUAAACAAAAUAUA